AUGGGGACAGAUUUUAACUUGGGUGUGGCCCAUUACCAUGAUGUUCUGAGAAACUGUUUGUUUGAAUUUCACGUGCACUAUUGGGAUGAAGUAGCCAGCAGUGUGGUGUGGAUCUGCUGUGACAAGUGCCUGCGGGUGUUGUUUACCACUUUGGGUCGCAUGCACAGUGAUGAUGGCCCACGUGGGAUGCACCUAUGUGAGUGA